ACUAUCGAUACCCUGAGAAGGGAACCCUCUGGCAGGGCUGGAAGCGUAGGUUCUGCUAUCAGUGCUUCCUACUCUAGAAAGCUCUGCUUCAUGUGGCUCUUCUUUACCUGCCUUUCCACCCCACCACGACCUCACCCAGAGCCUGACCUCCACUCCCCCCUGCCCAAGAUCCUUAAUCUCUUGUGACAUGGGGCUUGUCACAUCGCGUCUUUGAGCUUCAUCUCCCUCCUCUAUGAAGUAGGGGUGGUAACAGGGCCUCCAGUGGCAAGGAUUAUGAGGGCAUGUGAUGCAUGGGAAGUCCUGAGCACAGGACGGGAGUGUGUUUGGUCAAGAGUCCACACUCAUAAACCACCUCUCUGCUGUUUGAUACCAGCUCUGCCCUGAUUCACCCCUCCAUACCUUUAUUUAUCUGUUUUCAAAUUAGGUCAGUCCAGAACAGAUGAACACUCCCGUACCUUGGGCCAAUCCAGCACUCAGAGAGAUAUGGACUCUUGGUCCUCUGUGGCUGUUUAAGCUCUGGUAUUUCAUGGGACCUCGAGGGCUGCUCCCAGGCUGGGUGGGGCUGUGAGGGAAGAGGCAAAGUGUCGGAGCAAAUGUCAGAUGCCUGCUGUUCCUUGGGAGGAGUUGGCAGCUGGUCAACCUAUGAAAGUGCUCAGUAUGAGAUAAAUGACUGUCGUGAUAGUUAUUACUAUUAACCGAUGGUCAAUUACUAUUAACCUUGGUCCCUAGAGCCCCUGUGCCUGACGGAAGGAUGUGAGGUGCUUUUCUGGGCAUCUUCUGUUCAUGGCAAGGCUGAACCCAGACCCUAAGACAGACCUAAACACAGCUAGAGUGGGGUGUAAGAGAUUUCAGUGCCUCUGGUGAGCCUGAGGGCCCUUGGGGUUUAGGACAGGGCCCCUAGAACUGCCUCUUCUUGCCAAGACCUGGGGAAGGAUUGGCAUCUGCAGCAGGCCCGAAUCUCUCCAAGCUGGUCCACGGUGUCCUGUGCGCUGACCCCCACACCGGGUGCAGACAGGAGAGGCAUGAUCGUAUUGCGUCUUUGAUGAAGGACUUGGAGCUCACAGGUGAAAUCUCAUCAGACUGAUCCUCCCAGAGCUGGUCAGGUUCUCUGCCCCUAGGAGGACUCCUGGGUAUCUGAGAUGCCGCUGCCCCAGAAGAAGCGCUGGGUGUCCAUGGCCAAGGGGCUGGUGCUGGGAGCGCUCUUCACCAGCCUCCUGCUGCUGCUGUACUCCUAUGCUGCCCCCCCACUGCACACUGGCCUGGCCUCCACCAGGACCCCAGAGGGCACAGCGCCCUGCGCCCCGGCGCCAGGUGAGCCCGAGGCACUGACCCCGGCCAACGGCUCUGCGGGAGGGUGCCAGCCUCAACGCGACAUCGUGUUCAUGAAGACGCACAAGACGGCCAGCAGCACGCUGCUCAACAUCCUGUUCCGCUUUGGCCAGAAGCACGGGCUCAAGUUUGCCUUCCCCAAUGGCCGCAACGACUUCGACUACCCGGCCUUCUUCGCUCGCAGCCUGGUGCAGGACUACCGGCCCGGGGCCUGCUUCAACAUCAUCUGCAACCACAUGCGCUUCCACUACGAGGAGGUGCGUGGUCUGGUGCCGCCCAACGCCACGUUCAUCACCGUGCUCCGCGACCCCGCCCGCCUCUUUGAGUCCUCCUUCCACUACUUCGGCUCGGUGGUGCCCUUCACGUGGAAGCUCUCGGGCCGUGACAAGCUGGCCGAGUUCCUGCAGGACCCAGACCGCUACUAUGACCCCAACGGCUACAACGCCCACUACCUCCGCAACCUGCUCUUCUUCGACCUGGGCUACGACAGCGGCCUGGACCCCGGCAACCCGCAGGUGCAGGAGCACAUCCUGGAGGUGGAGCGCCGCUUCCACCUGGUGCUCCUGCAGGAGUACUUCGACGAGUCCCUGGUGCUGCUCAAGGACCUGCUGUGCUGGGAGCUGGAGGACGUGCUCUACUUCAAGCUCAACGCCCGCCGCGCCUCGGCCGUGCCGCGCCUCUCCGGGGAGCUGUACCGGCGCGCCACGGCUUGGAACGUGCUGGACGCCCGCCUCUACCGCCACUUCAACGCCAGCUUCUGGCGCAAGGUGGAGGCAUUCGGGCGGGAGCGCAUGGCCCGCGAGGUGGCCGCUCUGCGGCGCGCCAACGAGCGCAUGCGGCGCAUCUGCAUCGACGGGGGCCAAGCUGUGGACGCCGCCGCCAUCCAGGACUCGGCCAUGCAGCCCUGGCAGCCGCUGGGCGCCAAGUCCAUCCUCGGCUACAACCUCAAGAAGAGCAUCGGGCAGCGGCACGCGCAGCUCUGCCGUCGCAUGCUCACGCCCGAGAUCCAGUACCUGAUGGACCUUGGCGUCAACCUGUGGGUCACUAAGCUCUGGAAGCUCAUCCGGGACUUUCUGAGGUGGUGACAUCCCGCCCACUGGCAGCUCCCUCUGCCCGCUGGAUCGCCGAGGAGGGGCUGGGCGGGGGCCCGCCGGCCUUCCCUGUGUCCUCCUGGUGCCCCCCGGCCCCGCGCCCCCAGCUCUGGGGGGAAUGAGGUGGGGCUGCUGCGGGGGCGCGGCCAGCCGGGACUGGGUCCAUGGCACACAGGGCCUCAGAUCAGUAUUUGACUAAUUCUAGCUUUUUUUAAGAAUUAAAUCCCCUUCCCUCCAAGGAAGAAUGUUCUAUUUCCUGCCUCCCCUUAAAGGGGAGAGUUCAGAAGUAAAGGCAUUUGAUGUUGUGUUUUUUGUUAAUCAGCCUCAGUGGUGCUGACUGGCGGGGCCCUGGGUGGGAGGUGACUGAAGAGGAUGGGGGGACCCGCAAGAGAGCAUGGCAGGUGCCUGAGUGUGUCUGUGGGACAGAGCCCAGCGGUGUGGCAGGGUUUGGUGUGCACCUGUUACGUGCUGAAGCCCUGUGUGGUUGAAGGACUCCCAGGAGCUACCAAGCCCUGGAAGAUCAUGUGUGUAUGUGUGUGUGUGUAGGUGUGUGCAUGUGAUCAUCCUGGGGCUCUACCAGUCACUGACUCCAACUCAACACUGGUUAUGUGUCCAGCAUUAGGCUGAGUAGGUAAUUUCAAUUCAUCUUCAUCAAAACUCAGCAAUGUGGGAACUGUCAUUUCCUCAUGUCAGAGAUGAGGAAGGGAGCUCAGAGAGGGAAAGUCAUCUGGCCAAGAUCACACAGCAAGUAAGUGGUAGGACUGGAACAGGGGCUGGGAGGGAUGGAGUGUGUGGCCAGAUUAAGAUAGAGUCCAUGUGUGCGUGCGUGUGCGUGUGCGUGUGCGUGUGUGUGACGGGGAGGGGGGGAGUGCCUGGUAUAGCACUGAGAGCAGGCCCCGGGCCCAGGCUGAGGGUUCCUUGUAUAAUCUCAUUAAUCCUCACAGUCACUCUUUGAGGUAGGCACAAAUACCGUCCCAUAUUACAGAUGUGAGAAUUGACAUUCUGAGAGAUCGAAGGGACUUAACUGAGGUACACAUCAGACCCAAAACUAAACCUUCUCCCUGGGACCCCAAACCCCUUGCAGCAGUGUGAGGAUGCAUCAGCUCUAACCACUGCCUCCCUCGGCCUCCCCAGGGGGACAAGGGCCCUUUCUGGGGCAGAGGACUUGUGGGUCUCUAACUAGGAGCCAGCAGCCAGACAUGAAAUGCAGAAACCACAGCCAAACGAGUUUAUUGGAGAACUGUCUGUACCAGGCUCCAAGCCAAGUACUUGUACACCUUUAUCUGAAUAUCCACAACAUCCCAGCUUUAUAGACCAAAGCUCAGAGAGGUUAAGUGAUUUACUGAAGGUCGCACAUCUAAUUACUGCCAGAACCAGAUUUCAAGCUGGAUUAGUCAGCUCUUAACCCCUCCCUGGAUCUGAAUCAGUCUUUCUCCUAGGAGUGAGUUUCUGGCCCAAGCAAGGUGGGAAGAAGUUAGGGUGACCAACUCUCUCAGUACCCUGGGACUGUCCCAGUUUUUGCACUGAAAGUUCCCAAAUCCCAGGAAACUCCUCAGUCUGGGCAACCAGGAUGGUUGGUCAGCCUGGGAGUUUUGAACCCACCAGCCCCCUGGAGCCACCGCCGGCACCCUCCUAAAGUUCUCUGUAGCAAGAAAUAAGUACAUUUUUGAAGCUUUAUUUAAUUCAUAUGGAAAGAACUAAGCAAAAGAAAGGAAGAAAGAAAGAAAAAAAGAAUAGCUAAGAUAUUAUUGACUCCAAAUUCAUGAGAUAAUCUUCCCCCACAUACUUUUUAUUAAUCAAAGAGAGGUAUGAGUUAGUGCAAUAUGGUAGUAUCUUGGGUUUGUGGAACCUCAUAAUUUUAUUUCCUUGGACACUUAAGGGCCUAUAAAUACCAAUAAUAAUAUUAUAUGUCAUCGAAUUGUUUAUUAUUAAUAUUGGCACUUCUAAGCCCUUAGGGAUCCAAGGAGAAUAAAUCUGGCAAAUAGUAGAUGCCAAGAAUAUAAAUUGCUCCAUUAGUAUUUACUAUUUGCCUGGUUUGUUUUAAGAACAUUAGCGUUAGUAACUCAUUUAUUAACAUAAUUAAUAUUUUAACAAUGAGUAGUUGCCUGGUACUGAGCGAGCACUUUGUGCUCAGCUCUGUGCCCUAUGGGAACGUGGACAAUUCCCUUUGCUCUCCUGAGGAGGCGACCAAAACACAGAGAAACUGAGCAACAAGCCCAGGGUCACCCAGGUCACUCAGACACCAAGGGCUGGUGCUUGCAGCCUCCAGACCCUUGGUGCCAUUCCAGUUGGCCACCUCAGCCUUGGGAUGGAGGUCUUUUCCAUGGUUGAAAAUGUAUGAAGUCUCCAAGGGGCAUGCCUGUAGGAGCCAGACUGCUCUUGCCAUACCUGGGCAGCAGAGGGCGCCAUGGUGCCAAAUUUGGUCUUAGCCGGUCAGGACGUUCCCAGCCGCCAGGGGCUGGGGGCACCCACGGUUAGGCCUGGGCCUACAGGUGAAAGCCAGGGCGAAGGUCAUGGCUGGCCCCUGCGAGAAAUUCAGUGGAACUACCUGUUCGUCUCUGUUAUGGGAUGAAUUGUAACCCCUAAAAAGAUAUGUUGAAGUGCUAACCCCCAGUUCCCUAUGACUGACCUUAUUCGGAAAUAGGGUCUUUGUACAUGUAAUCAAGUUAAGAUGAAGUCAUCAGGGUGGGUCUUAAUCCAAUACGGCCGGUGUCCUUAUAAGAAGUGGCAAUGUCAUGUGUAUCUACACACAGGGACAAUGCCAUGUGAAGACAGGCAGAGAUUGGCGUGGUGCAGUUACAAGCCAAGGAAUGCCAAGGGCCGACAGUGACCUCCAGAAGCUAAGAAGAGGCAAUGAAGGAUUCUACCCAGAGUCUCAGAGGGAACAUGGCCCUGCUGACACCUUGAUUUCAGACUUCCAGCCUGCAGAACUGUGAAAGAAUAAAUGUCUGUUGUUUUA